AUGGCUACAGAAUUUGCGGAUCGAUUUGAAACUAAUACUGAAAGCGGCCCAAGUCAAACAGUUGUAACAUCAAGCAUCGUAAUUCCCACAACUUCAAAAAGAUCUGGCCGCCAAGAUGCUUUACCAAAACGACGGGCUAGUAACGAACUUGCUCGUCAGAACAAUGACGAGACAAAAAGGCCCCGAUUAGACAUGAAUAAUAAAGAAGUAAAGAAACGAAGUAGAAAGAUGUUUGGUGUGUUAUUAGACACAUUAACGAAAUUUAAAAAUGAAAGUCAGAAUAAAACAGAGGCUGAGAUAAAGCGUGAACAACUUGAACGAAAACUGCAAGAGAAGCUAAAGAAGGAGCACGAAGAAUUGGUGGAAAAUAUUAGAAAGGAAGAGCAAGAAAGGAGAGAAAGAAUUGUCAGGGAAAAAAGAGAAGCUGAAGAAAAAAGAACUAAUGAGGCGCCAUCUUUGUAUUAUCUUCCAGUAAAAAUGUCUCAAUCUGUAGUGCAAACUAUUGCAAUACAGAAACGACAAGUGGCAUUAGAAUCAUCAUCAUUAAUAUCUCAUAGUGAAAAUGGAAACAAUGAAGAGAGCAAUAUCAUUAAUGAUUUUGAAAUUACUGGAUUCAAUAAAAUUGAAAAGCCAGUUGUUAAAACACGUGACGAAAGUAAAAUGGAAGUUGAUAAACGUGAGGAGAAAGAUGAAAAUAAAUCACCUAAAGAGAGUAUCGAAAAUGACGCUCAUACAAAAGAGUCGUCGGCUACUGAAGCCAUGGAAACUACGGUAAGUAAUAACGAGGGAAAUAUCAACGUUGAGGAGCCAGCGGCCAAUGAAGAAAUUGCUGAUAGCAAAGAUGAUAGCAAAGAUGAUCCCGUUGAAUACUAG